UUUUUGCGCACAUGAAUAGUGAACGAGUAAUUCAUGAAUAAUAUUUGAAUAUAGACAUCAAGGAAGAGAAUAAUAUAGAAAUAUGGCGGCUACAUUGCUGCUGUGUAUUGUGAUUGUUAUUAUUUCCCGGGAUAUCUCAUUUGUACAGGGAUCACCAACGAUAGAUCUUGUUCGGGGGAACACGGUGGUUGAAGAAUACGGUCUGGCUGUACGAGGAACAACGACUCGGUGUUAUAGUUCAUUACCGAUAUUUACCUGGGAUUUGGUGUCUAUAGAUGGAAGUAUCCCACCUGUUCAGCUGUCAGGGGAUCCAGUGAUAGCCACAAUUGGUGGAUCCUGUAGCGGUGGUUAUAGUUUCUACACAGGGACUGUAUCUGUGAAUUACCAUGUUCCUGCUGUUUACGGACAAACUGUACAUUUACGUUUAACCAUUAACAACAGUCCUAGCAUCUCAACAACUUCUAUAGGAACAUUGUCAUUCCCAGCAAAAUACAAUCUCACAGGGACAUCAGAUAUAGCAGUACUUGGGAAGCAAUUUACGUGGACUUGUCAAAUGGAAAUUCCUCCACAAGAGAGUCAUGCACUUGUAAGAUUUUACAGAAAUGAAACCUUCGUAGGUUAUGUCGGAAAUGUUACUGGGUGUAAAGGACUAAGAAUAGAUCCUAGAUACAACUAUAGCUGUGCAUCAGAGACAGAGUAUAAUCUCAUCAUUCCUUCAGAAAAUAUGACAGAAGAGGAAAAUAACACGAUAUGGAGAUGCUCUUACUUUGGUGGAAGCCCGUCAUUUAGCAGUGUCCAAAAACAAUUGAUAAUCGGAAAAAGUCCGGAAGUACAAAUGAUGACACCAAGUCCCUAUAAGAUUGAAGAAGGUAAAACAGCUGUUAUGUCAUGUGGCAUUAUAACCGCUACUCCUAAUACAGAUAUUAUUUGGAGCUGGGUAAAAACCGACGGGCCGGAAAACAUCCUCCAUAAUGGAUCUACUUAUACAAUCUCCAGUAUACACAGGGGACAGUCCGGCACGUAUACAUGUACAGCCACAAACAUUAUUGGAACAUCUCUACCGGCUACAGUUCAGGUCGAUGUACUUUAUAAACCUGAGGUGAUUAUAAAUUCUACAAACCUAUACAGGGUCACAGAAGGUCAGGUCGCGUCAAUGACAUGCAGAGUGUCCGUUGCUAAUCCAAAUUCGGACAUCACAUGGAGCUGGAUCAAAGCAGAUAGUCCUAGUGCGAUUCUGCAUCAAGGGCCUACCUAUACAAUCGCCAGUAUACAAAGGAAUCAGACAGGGAUGUACAGGUGUACAGCUAGUAACUCGAUAGGAACAUCCUAUCCAGCUACAAUACAAGUAGAUGUACAAUAUAAACCCGAAGUAAAAAUCACUCCGCUUAAUCCGUACAGAGUUAAGGAAAGUACACCUGCUGUGAUGUCAUGUAUUGUGUUGACUGCCAAUCCAUAUAUAGGCAUCCGAUGGAGCUGGAUCAAGGAAGACAAUCCUGAUAGUAUUAUUCACACGGGAUCAACGUACGAAAUCUCCAAUUUACAAAGAGAUCAGUCUGGCACGUAUAGAUGUACAGCCAUCAACUCUAUAGGAACAUCUAAUCCAGCCUUUUUACAAGUAGAUGUACAAUAUGGCCCAAGCCUAGUGACAUUUUCUCCAGACAUCAACACCAUAGAUAAAGUAGAAAACCAGACAGUAAGCCCUAUUAUGUGUUCAGCAGUCUGUAAUCCAACCUGUAUUUAUCGUUGGACAGGAGUGAGUACAGUGAAUUCAGCAAGGCUAGACCUUGGAGAACUGAAACGAAUAAAGAGGGGGAACUACACAUGCACAGCUAGUAACGUGAUCUCUUCCUCCUCAAGAAGCCUCGUUGUGACUGUCAAUUAUCCUCCAGAUAUUGAAGUGUUCCAAGCAAGUGGUAAUCAGGUUUAUGAAGAAUCUUCACAGUUUAGUAUUAUGUGUAAAGUUGACAGCUUUCCACUUUCUAACAUCUAUAUCGAAAAUAAAGAAACUGGAAAGGUAAUCUCUUCAAGUGGACCAUCGAAAUCUCUCAUAUUCAAUGAAGUAUCUGCUAAGUGUUAUCAAACUUCUAAUUAUACAUGUAACAGCCGAAACUUCUAUGGAUCAACAUCAUCAAUUAAACUCGGGAUCUACAUUCAUUGCAGGCCAAGAGCUUUAGAUGGAAAGUCAACUAUCAUAACUGGAAUACAAAAAGGAAAAGGACUAAAUAUAUCUACUCAAUUCGUUGGAUACCCUCUCCCAACGAUAUCUUGGAAAUUUAAAACAAACAUAUCGGAUAUACUUACCAUACUCUCUGGUGAAUUCCAAACAUUGUCAGAACCAUUGAAUGUGUCAAUAAUACAGACAAGUCUUACUAAAAUGACCGUGCGUCCAGCGGAGUUCGGUUACUACAUAGUUACAGCUAGCAUUCCAGGAAAUAUAUCUCAAAACUAUACAGUCACCUAUCAUGUGAUUCCAGAAAGAAAACCAGACGCUCCAAGCAAUAUUUCACUUGACUGUGCAAUUUCAAAUGGAAGAGCAUUUAUAAAGUGGAUUCCAGGUUUUAAUGGUGGAGUAGAUCAAACAUUUGUUGUGUCUUACAGAACAAAUACUGGGCUUCAGAAGAACACAGCUCAGAUACACUUACAGUCCUAUGCAACUGUUACAGGAUUAAAAGAUCAAACGUUAUAUCUUUUUAAAGUCGUUGCGUCAAAUAGGAAUGGAGAAACAUCGUCUGAGGAAGUUCACUGUACAACGAAAGAAUCUACUGUCCCGAACAUAGGUGGCAUCAUUGGUGGAAUAGUUGGAAGCAUUUUUUUGUUGAUAGUUAUUGCUCUCUUCAUAUUGAUCAUAAGAAAAUACCAAAUCAAGUGCCUAGGUAUGUAUCUUUUCAUUUACACACAAUAA